ACAAUGCAGCUUCGUUGGCGUUGUAUAUAUCUGGCCUGUGUACUUAUUGCUUUGGCAGCAGCAGAAGCCAAUGACAGAAUAGAUGAAGAGGAUGAUGAACUGCUAGAGUCAACAGAAGAAGCAGAAACUGAACAAAAUAGGAGCUUCUUGGAUGUUCCAUACCAUACACCUGUUCCUAGUGGUGAUGUGUUCUUUGCAGAGACAUUUGAUGAUGAAACUCUGAAUGGUUGGGUGCUUUCUAGAACAAUGAAGGAAGAUACUGAUGAAGACAUUGCCAAAUAUGAUGGUGAAUGGAAAGUAGAAGCUCUAAAAGAAAACAAGCUGUCGGGAGAUUUGGGCCUGGUCCUGAAGUCGACAGCCAGACACCAUGCCAUAUCAUCCAAGCUUCAGAAACCUUUCGCCUUCGAAAACAAACCUCUCAUCAUCCAGUAUGAGGUGAAUUUUCAGGACAGCAUUGAUUGUGGAGGGGCAUAUAUCAAGCUCCUCUCACAUUCGAGCAAUCUGAAUCUGGAAGAAUUCCAUGACAGGACUCCAUACACAAUCAUGUUUGGGCCAGACAAAUGCGGAGAAGAUUAUAAACUACAUUUCAUCUUCAGGCAUAAUAAUCCAGUAAUUGGUGAUUAUGAUGAAAAACAUGCAAAGCGUCCUGAUGUUGAUCUGAAGAAGUAUUUUACAGACAAGAAGACACAUCUUUAUACUUUGAUUCUGAGACCAGAGAACACCUUUGAAAUCCUUAUUGAUCAAACAGUUGUUAGUCAAGGAAGCCUUUUGGAGGAUGUCAUCCCACCGUUAAAUCCGCCAAAGGAAAUAGAUGAUCCAAAGGAUAAAAAACCAGAAGAGUGGGAUGAGCGGGUCAAAAUUCCAGAUCCCGAUGCAGUAAAACCAGAAGACUGGGAUGAAGGUGGACCUAUUAAAAUAGAAGAUCCCAAUGCUGUGAAACCAGAUGGUUGGCUGGAUGAUGAAUCUCACCUGAUGUCCGACCCAGAGGCUCAUAAACCAAGUGACUGGAAUGUUGACAUGGAUGGAGAAUGGCAAGCCCCUCUGGUUCCAAACCCAAAGUGCAAAACCGCUCCUGGAUGUGGGGAAUGGAGUCCACCUCUCAUGGACAAUCCAGAUUACAAGGGAAAAUGGAAACCUCCUAUGAUUGAGAACCCAAAUUACCAGGGUAUUUGGAAACCACGUAAAAUCCCCAACCCAUACUACUUUGAAGACCUUAACCCAUUUAAAAUGGCGACCUUUAGCGCUAUUGGGUUGGAACUUUGGUCAAUGACUCCUGACAUCUACUUUGACAACUUCAUAAUCUGCUCUGAGAAGGAGGUGGCUGACCGUUGGGCCUCUGAUAGCUGGGGACUGAAGAAACUGGUAGCCAGUGCUAAUGAGCCAGGCAUGAUAAACCAGCUUCUAGCUGCUGCUGAUGAGAGGCCAUGGCUCUGGGGUUUGUACUUACUGACAGCUGCUCUUCCUGUAGGAUUACUGGUCCUAUUCUGCUGGCCCAGAAAGAAAAUUGAGGAAGAAGAAGAUGCAGAUUUCUCCAUGAGUGAUUUUAUAGAAUCUGAUGAAAAUGAUUUUGAGCUCCAGAAAGAUCUGACCAAGGAGAACCAGCAAGAUUUAGAGGGGGCCACGUCAGAAACUCAGUACGACAAAGAGACUGAAGAUGAUGAAAGGACAGAACAAGAGGAGGAAGAUGAAGAAUUCAGUCAAGAAGAUGAGGAGAUUGGUGAUGCAGUAGAUCAGUCUUCAGAUGAUGAGAUGAAAGAAGCAGAUGAAGGUGCGGACUCUGGAGACAACACAAAGAAAUCCUUGAGGAAGAGACGAGUACGGAAAGACUAGUAAUCCCAAUACAAAUGUUGGACUGUUACAGAGAACCAACUUGUCUCAGCCUGGCGAUGGACACCAUAUACAGUGACAGGAAACCACUUCUUACCUCUUGGUCCAAUACUUCGUGUUACCUAAAAAGUUGUCCUGUUAUGUUUAUGUCAGGGUAUUCCCUAUUGGAAGGCAGAAUUUUCCAUGUACCUAUGAAACACUGGUCAGAACUGCAUGUGCAAUAGCCUACCUUUUAUAUUCCUUUCUGGUCUUGGCUUAAAUAAAUAUUUAAAUAUAGGUGUUAGCGUAAGAAAGGAUAGUCCUU